AUCCCAGUAUCCCACGCACUCGCCCUUAUCAUCCAUCCACCCUCCGUCCUCCCUCCCCUCCCUCGCCCAUCCCCCACCACGCCGGCCCACCGCCCUCGCCAUCCCACUCCGUUCCCCCCUCAGUUUUCCCACUCGGUUGCAGUUGCUGCGAGCAGUCACCACCGCCGCCGCUGCCGCGCACACAAACCAGCGGCAAUAAACACCUCCCCCGCCCCCCUCGCCUCGCUCCCAACCUCCGAUUCGAGGGCGCCGCGAUCGCGAUCGGACCCGUCCGCGGCUGGAAUCGUCGAGGAGCCGAGAGGGAUCGGAUUGGUGGGGGGAGAGAGAGAGAGAGAGGGGGGCGGCGAUGGGGCGGCUGUUCCUGACGCACCUGGACGGCAACGUCUACAGCUGCAAGCACUGCAAGACCCACCUCGGCCUUGCCAGCGACAUCAUCUCCAAGGCCUUCCACAGCAAGAACGGGAAGGCCUACCUCUUCCAUAAGGUUGUCAAUGUGACUCCUGGAGUAAAAGAAGACCGCAUGAUGAUAACAGGAAUGCAUACUGUUUCUGAUAUCUUCUGUGUUUGCUGUGGAUCCAUUGUUGGAUGGAAAUAUGAAGCCGCACAUGAGAAGAACCAGAGGUACAAGGAAGGAAAGUAUAUUCUGGAGAGGUUCAAGGUGGCAGGCCCAGACGGAAGCCAGUACUGGAUUGCACAUGAUGCUCAUUUGGUCGGAAGUGAUGCCGACGAUAUAUGAAGAGGGAUUGGGCAAGCUCAAGCAUGUUGGUCAUCCCCUGUAAAUAACUUGGGUGGUGUUGGUCUUUAGCCAGCCGGGGAUUGCUCCCAUUGAAAAAAAUCCCCGGCGUAAAUGUUGCUGUAGGUGACCUGGUCAUAUCCCUCUCGAUUUGCCUGGAACUUAGUUGACUGUUUCCGUCUGUAUAUGCUUGUAAUCUCUGUUGCUUAAUGGCCCAAUAAAAAUCUGAUUAUCAAGUA